AUGAAAACCGAGUACCUGAAUGACCUGCCUUCCCCAAAUGACUUUGAACAAGAGGUGGAAAGAUGGAUUUUAAGGUGUAACAGGUCUAACUUGCCGGAGUCUGUAACAACUCUUACAGAAACACCUCCUCAGCCAGGCCAACCAGUCAUUUCACAGGAAUCAUGUGAUGCCCCAUUACUACCAAUAGAGAAUGAUCGGAACUCUGACAACAUCAACUUUCCAGUGGACUAUUCCAACUACAGGCAGUCAGAGAUAACUCCUGGUAGUUCAGAGACAGAUGUUAAGCAAUGGUUGAAGGAUGAAGUAGGAUUAAAUGACGAUCUUUUGAAGAAGUAUGAUAGAGUGAUUGAGAAAGAACAUGGUAGUGACCCUGUUUUUUACCAGUCUAGUAACUUUGAUCGUUCUGGCAGACCUACUGAGAUUAACGAUAAGGAUCCCAACAUUUUGUUUCGUUUAAAUGCAAUGAAGAAAGACAACUUAGAAGAAAAAAUAAAUAAUCUAAAAACAAAAGUAAUUCCAAAUCAUAAACAAGAGUUUGAAACUGGCAAUAGACCUUGUUCAAUAGAUCUGUUAAAAAAUGUGACAGAAAGAUUUCCAGUUCAGGGGGCUUCCGAAAGUUCAAAAUUACCGGAAAAUAAUAUAUCUGAUGCAAAAGACAAAAAUCUGGGAGACAACAAACUUAACAGAUCUUACCCAACAUCCUAUAAAAAACAAAAAUCACAACAAAAUAUAGCGUCAUCUAAAAGAGAAAAAAAGGGAAUCGGGAUACAGCAAGUGGAGACCCAGACUCCAAGACAAUUUAAAGGAAAUUCUGAUUUUGUCGUUUACCAGAAAGGAAAAAUAUUAAACCAACCAGAGAAUGACGGAACGCUAUCAAAAAGGUGUUUAGAAUUCAAGUCUUUUUUCAAUUUUGAAAAUUCCUCAAAGGAAUCGAGACUGAUCAAAUUCCAGUUGGAGGCAUUAAAAUUUGCUUGUGGUUGUCUCAAUGCACGAAGAAAUGGAACUAUCAUUUUUGGGGUUGCAGAUUCUGUCAAUAGCACAUAUAAGCAUGGCGAAAUCGUGGGUUUCGAAAUAAGUGAGCAUGAAUUUGAUAGCAAAUCGAAAUAUACAGAUGCUUUACGUGAUGGGAUUUCAAGAUGUGUUUCCAGUGAAGUAGUGUCCAUUGCUGGGAAAUGUAUAUCCAAUCCAAAAUUUGUCAGAGUGGCUGUUCCUGAUGAAAAAAAUUACCGCUAUGUAAUCGAGGUAGAUGUUGAACCAGCAGAAUUAUUGUGUGAAAAACACUAUUUUAAAGUGAAUUUAAAAAACAUAAAAAACUGCUCAAUUAAAUCAGUAGAAGACAAGUAUUUGAUUUAUGUUCGGAAAGGAUCCUCAACACAAUCCUAUAAAAAUGAAAAUGAACAACUAUUCAUCUUAAAAGAAUUGCAGGAAAAUUUAAUUGAAAGAAGUGUGUUUGAGAAAGAAGAGAAAGGUGAACAGGAAAAUGAAUUCUUGGCCACAAAAUUGGAACGACUUCUCACGAGAGGUACAUUCAGAUUUAACAGGCAAAAUAAGCAAAUUCUUGUGCUUAGUAAACCUACGGAUGAGCAAAAAUUGAGUGAAGAGUGGAAACAAGCAAUGUCUUUUAUAAAUUUUAUGCAGGUGACAAGUGUAUUUGAUUUUGACGAUUAUUCAAAUAUAAAUGGUUUGUGUGUUUUGUAUCAAAAUAAAGAGACCUGUGAGUUUGUAGAGAAAUGUACUUUUAAUGAUUACGCUGGAAACUUUCAGGAACUUGCAAUCAAUCUAGACUUGCGUUGUUGUGAAAAUGCGAUGUGGAUAUUUGCAAAUGGACGAAGUGAUUGCAAUGAAGAUAAACCUCAUUUGAACAGGACUGAUUGGCACAUGCACUCAGCUGGUAUUUGUAAUGCUGUCUCAUUUCUUAGCCAACCAUUUGUAAUUCCUACAGGAGGAUCUAUUAUAUUAGUUCUUCUUUUUUCAAAUGAUUUUAACGGAUUAAUAGAUACAUUUAACGAAAUGACAAGAAAGUUUGGUUGGGAGCCACUUGUAAUCAUUGCAGAAAACAAAAGAGUGUUUGAAGAAUUUGCUGAAACUAUACAGCGAGAAUGUAAAGGCUCUAUAGAGCAAUUAGAGAAGGUGUCAGUUGUAGGGAUGCUAUGGGAACAUGUGAACUGUACUAUCAGAUCAAUAAUGAGUUAUGAUGCAAAAAUAAACUUUUCUUUGUCAUCUUCAUCAGGUGCUCUUGUUGAAGUUGAUGAGAAGUUUAUAAAUGACUUAUGCGACUUAAGUAUUUUGAGCGCCACUGAGUGUAAAAACAGAACAUUGAAGAACAGUGAAGACCGGCAACAAUUUGGUGAAGAUGAAGAAUUACGAUUUUACGAAGGCAAUGUUGUUGGAUGGUGGAAUUUUUUUUCCCAGAACCAUGUCUGUGAAAGAUAUCUAUUCCAUGCUCUACAAGAGAGAGUUCAGAAUCUUCUCUAUAAUGCUAAUAGAGAUAAACAAAAGAACAGAAACUCGGGAAGCAAGAGAAGGAAUGGUUCACAGCCAAGUUUUGUAAAUUAG